AUGUCGUUGGUCAACGUGACCAACAUAACCGUCGCAAACAACGUCUGCCCGGUGACGGCGCCGUUGGUGUUCCAAAUCGAGUUCGAAUGCCUGGAGGACCUGCAGCACGACGUGGAGUGGAAGGUCAUAUACGUGACCUCCGAUGGAACCGGAUACGUCACUGGUGAGAAGGAGCCCAUAGACGUCGCCCACUCCCGGGAUGGAGAGAUCGUACUGGACGCUGUGUGUCUGGGACCGGUAUGCCGUGGAAUCUUGGAGUUCGAGUUCAGGGUGUCACCCCCGGAUUUUUCAAGGGUAGGUGAAAAUAUUGUACACAUUAACGCCUCGCAGCUGAAUCCGGCCGGGAUACUGGGAAUGCAGGCCGUGCUGGUGACGGCUAACUACUGCGACCAGGAGUUCAUACGCAUCGGCUACUACACAAACAACUGCUACGACGAUCCACAACUACGGGAGUGUCCGCCUGACGAGCCGAACAUCGACAAGAUGGUGCGAUGCAUCAUCGACCAGCCGAGGGUCACCAGAUUCCCCAUUAAGUGGGACUCAGACACGGUCAUUGACCCUGAAGGCAACGAUAUCAGCCAAGUCAUCGAUGACAACCCAGAAGAAAACAAUUCGGAUGAAGACGAAGAUGCUGAUGAGGAGGUCGAAAUAAACAAGGAGGAAGUGGAAACGAAAGCAAAAGCUGAAGCUGCGGAUGGCGAUGCUGGAGAGCCAGAGAACGUCGCACCACAAAGUGCGGACGUGAGCAACGAUUCUGAGGCGAAAGAAAACCAGCAGACAGAUUCAAGCGGCGAUGUUGACGUAUCCACAUCAUCAGAAGUGUCUGCCGGUGUUGAAAAGGAUUCUGCAGAAGCGGAUAUGACUGCUCACGAAGAUGAGUUGAGGGCACAUGCUACCACAGAAUCUAGUCGCUCAGAUUCUGGUAGCGAUGAUAUAGAAGAUUCGUGUACCAGUUGUGAUGCAUAUGAUGAAUCGGACGGUUAUGACCUUGCCGAGGUCAAUCGUCGCCCGAAUUUUGAUGGCACCGCUGACGGCGAGGCCGACAACGAAGCGGAGAGCAAUGAAUCCUCCGAGGACACAGAUAGUGAUGCGAUAACGAGGCCAAUUGAACAAGUGGAGACCGCUCCAGAGGGCAGUUCCGCAGAGGCCAGUGCCAGAUCCAAGGUUGAGAGUGGCCUGCCAGCUGACGGCAUGUCCGUGAAGCGCGCCCUCUUCGAGGUUUUGCCAGAGGGUUCAAACGACGAUGCCAAAGUUAGACGCGGUUCGCCUCUCCUCGCCGUCUCCACUGCCACCUCCAUCACAGACGUACAAUGA